GUCCGUUAAGUUGGACACAGAGAGACCCAGAGAGAGAGAGAGGAUAAACCACUUAGAAUGGCAGGCAUUGGUUGUUCUUCGACUCUCUCUUCGACAAGCAACUUUCGGACAUCUUGGUUGGUAUCAGAAACUCACAGUGGAAGGGCCACGCCAUGGAAACCACUUCAUCGGAAAAAUUUGAAAAUUAGAGCAGAAGUGAAUUAUGUGAAUGCUGAAGAAGCAAAGAAACUUAUAGCUGUCGAGGAAUACACAAUUCUGGAUGUGCGGGACAAAAACCAAUAUGAUCGAGCUCAUAUAAAAUCAUGUUAUCAUGUGCCUAUUUUUAUUGAAAACCAAGACAAUGAUUUCGGUACAAUUAUUAAGAGGACUGUGCACAACAAUUUUUCGGGUUUAUUCUUUGGGUUGCCAUUCACUAAACCCAACCCUGAUUUUGUGUCAUCCGUUAAGAGCCAAUUUUCCCCUGAAAGGAAACUCUUGCUUGUAUGUCAGGAGGGAUUAAGGUCUAACGCUGCUGCUAAUAAGUUAGAGCAAGCUGGCUUUCAAAACAUAGCAUGCAUAACAUCCGGCCUUCAAUCUGUGAAACCAGGAACAUUUGAUACUGUAGGAACGACCGAGUUGCAGGAUGCAGGCAAAGCUGGGUUAAUCACAGUUCAAGGAAAGAUCUCAGCAAUACUUGGAACAGUACUUAUCUGUGCAUAUCUAUUCAUUACAUUCUUCCCGGAUCAAGCAGAGAAGCUGUUCCAACUUGCACCAGUGACCUAGGCUUCAUAAAAUCCUAAAAAUUUGCAGAUCAGAUUUUCAAUGUGGGAGGAAACCCCUGUUCAUGUGUGUAACAGUUGCAUCAUUUGUUAAUAGUAGAAACCCAUUUCAAUUGUGCACUCCAUAUAUCUUGAUUUUUCAAAAAUUGCAGCCAUUUCUGAUUA